CUGUGAUCGAAGCAUCGUACGAUGCAACAGACCAGCGCUCUGUGUGGCUGUUUAGGAUCUUCCUACCUAGGGGUGUCCUAUUGUAACCCCAGCGGCGACCUUUUCCCUGCUUUCAACUCUCAGCGCUACACGGCAAUGGUCCCGUGACCGCAGCUCUACAGUCUGGCAGGAACGUAGCUACAAACAUGGCUGCCCUUAGCAAGUCUAUUCCGCACAGCUGCUACGAAAUAGGGCAUACAUGGAGCCCAUCGUGUACGCUUUCAACACUCCAGGUGACAGCCGGAGCUUUGGAGGUGUCAUUUAAAAUAUAUGCACCCUUAUAUCUCAUUGCAGCCAUUCUCCGAAGGCGGAAAAAGGAUUACUACUUGAAACAGCUGUUACCUGAGAUUCUCCAGUCCACUUCAUUUUUGACUGCCAAUGGAGGGCUAUACAUUGCUUUUUUCUGUAUCUUGCGGAGGCUUCUGGGCCGGUUCUACUGGUGGUCGGCGGGUUUCGGGGCUGCACUGCCCGCCUCUUACCUGGCCAUCCUGAUUGAGCGAAAGAGCAGGAGAGGACUACUAACAAUAUACAUGGCCAACUUGGCGACAGAGACGAUAUUCCGAAUGGGAGUCACGAGAGGAGUCAUUAACCCCAUCAAACACGGAGAGGUGCUGCUCUUCUGUAUGACUGCCUCCCUCUACAUGUUCUUCUUUAGGUGUAAAGAUGGCCUUCAGGGAUUCACAUUCUCCGCACUCAAGUUUCUUGUGGGAAAGGAAGAGAUUCCAACGCAUUCCUUCCUGGCGGAGCAAGUGUACCCCCGGGGACCGGAGAGGGGCGCCGUGGAGCCGGGGCCUCCGGAGCCGCCCCGGGCCGGGUCGGGCCCUGGCAGGGCCUCCAUCGCUGGCCUGACACGCAGGCUGCUGGAAUCUGUAUGCAGACAUGGACCCAGGCACAGGUGCUGCAAGCAUUACCAAGACAACUGCUUCUCCUACUGUGUCAAAGGCUUCAUUCGCAUGUUCAGCGUAGGCUACCUGAUCCAGUGCUGUCUGAAGAUUCCCUCUGCGUUUCGCCACCUCUUCACCAAGCCCUCCCGCCUGCUGUCUCUGCUCUACAACAAGGAGAACUUCCAGCUGGGGGCCUUCCUGGGGUCCUUCGUCAGCAUCUACAAGGGGACCAGCUGUAUCCUGCGCUGGCUGCGGAACCUAGAUGACGAGCUUCACGCCAUCAUCGCCGGCUUCCUGGCCGGGAUUUCCAUGUUCUUCUACAAAAGCACGACUAUAUCCAUGUACCUGGCAUCCAAACUUGUGGAGACCAUGUACUUCAAAGGCAUCGAGGCUGGCCGCUUCCCCUACUUCUCCCAGGCUGACACCAUCAUCUACGCCGUGUCCACCGCCAUCUGCUUCCAGGCCGCGGUUAUGGAGGUUCAGAACCUGCGGCCUUCCUACUGGAAGUUCCUGCUGAGACUGACCAAGGGCAGGUUUGCGGUGAUGAACCGGAAGGCUCUGGACAUAUUCGGCACAAAAGCCUCGCGGGACUUCCAUGGCUUCAUCCCGAAACUGGACCCCCGCUUCACCGUGUUUCCCCCGGACCUGGGGCUUCCGCUGGGCUGAGGGGGGCGAGGUGUCAGGGCUCUGUGGAGGACGUGCCCUCGUAGCGGGGUUUUUAAUGUGUACGGGUAUCUCUGAGCGGUCGCUGAUGUGGGGUUUGCUGUAGGUGUGCAGUGUUUAUGGUGAGUGGGGUACGGGGAGGGGGUGAAUCAAUUUAACGCACAAAAGUUUUCCAUUCAGAAACUUUCUUCAAAAUCUAUCCAGAGCUGGCAAAAGUUAUUUCAGUCAAUUCCGAGAGAUUAUUUAAAUCUCAGUUUCAUUUAUAGAAAAAACUAAUAAAUGGUGGCACAUAAGUAAUGUUUAUAGUCAAUGCAAGAAACUAAGCUGUGACAUGUUCUGUCGUUUCUAGAAGAGUGUAUUUCUGUGAAGUAUUUCAUUUCAUUUCGGGAAAUCUUAAAUUACUUUCUUUUUUUUCCUUUGUGAAGGAAAUAACUUGGAGAUCGAAAAUAAAUUUGGAAGAACCUGUAAAACAUUUUCUCCUCUUAACACACCUUUGUAUGAGUGUAUACAAUGAUCUGUAUAUUAUGAAUAUAUUCAGUGUAAAUUUAUAUAUAUGUAUCAUUUGAAUAUUCCAUACAAUACAUUUAUAUUGGUAUUUGUAUAUUAAACCAUCAGUUUAUUCCAAGUAUUAAAUUAGAAGUCAACUUUGUGAAGGUGAACAUACAUUAGUUUUUCCGGAAUGUUCUCGCUCGUUGAAAGAAAUAAAGCGAAGGUAAGACAUUUUGGCUCCAGGUGCUUCUGAGGAGAGCUUAUGCCCCUCUGCUCUCCCAUUUUACAACGGACGCCGCUGCCUUAAGCAUUGCAGCAAGAGCGGGACUGGCCAUUCCAGCUUUCAGAUAAAAAUACAGUAUAUAGCAAUUCAUUCCAAAAACAUAAAAACCUCAAAUAUUAGCUGCUGUUCUUAGUUUUGCCUUAAGAAAUAGCCAUUUAAAAGUUUAACAGAUUCUUAAAUUCUGAUAGCCAUAUGCGUAUUUUUAGUCCUAAAGUAAAAUACUUUGAACGUUUGUGCAUCCGCUUAUCGCAGGUUUGACAUGAGUUGGGCGAUAUUAAUAAAUUCCUUUCCAUAUGUUUUACAUUUGAAAAUGGUUUACAGCCACUUCUGUGAGACGCUGUCUCGGAAUAUCCGUCUAUGCAGGGUGAUCUGUCUCUGAUAGCCCUUUCACUGGUUCUUUCUGCAUUGCUCAAUGACAUAUGCUUAUAUCCGCAAUGGAACAAAUCACAGUAUAGUUAUGUUAAUUUAAAGGGGUUUGUGUUCUUUUGCAUGCUGCAGUAUAACAGUCAGUCCUACAUUGUCAGAUUAUAAAUAUGAGCCAUUUCCUUUCCUUUAAAAUAAUUUUCCAAUAAGCACUAUGACCCUAUAGGAACAAUCACAUAGGCAUACCUUGCAAAUGGAAACAUGUCAUCAUAUAUAUGUGGAAUGAUGAUUAUUUUCUGAACAUCACAAAGAUGAAUUGCAUAAUAGAGCAACACAUAUUUUUCUCUAAUCCCAGUCCCCUUCUCACAUUCACAAGUGCAGUGCCGCGGAGAUAAUAAUAUCCCUUCUCACGUGUUAUUAAUGUGGAUCAUCUGUGUGACACAUUCAUACUAACGACCAGGAAGAAGAAGUCAGCGUGCCACUUCUGUCCUGCAGUGUGAUAAAGUAGCGCUUCUGUUAUUCAGAUUAAAUAGGAAUGACUGUAUGGUGUAAUCUGUACUUUUACAUAUUAAUUUAUAUAAGCAGGCUAUUAAAGAUAGUUUUCUUAAAGUGUGUCAAACACAAGAAAGGAACAGAUUUAAGGUACAACUUCACCCAUCCUUACACUAUAAGUGUAUGUGGUAAAUAUUUUUUCUGUUUAUCAGCUACUCUGUAAAAGAACAUUAAACCCUACAAAACAAUGUUAGAAGACGGCUAUACUUUAAAUUUAUGGAGUAAAUGUUGUAGAUAUUGUAACUCAUUAUACUUGACAGGGUAUUGUAUAGGCCUUUUUACAACUAGAAACCUCUGUUGCUUUGCAGUUGAAUAAACAUGUAAUGUAACACAA